AUGGCUACGGCGGAUCGACCCUCGGGUUCUCUUCAACCUCAACAGCAGCAGCCGCCUUCGCAGCAAAAUUCCAUGUUUUCUCAGCCAACAGCGGCCACGGAUAGCUUGCAGCAGCAACAAAACCAGGCAGAGUCCGGACUCCCACCCUUUCCACCACACCGUCCAUCAUGGACCGACUUGACCGGCCCAGAACAAACUGUGACUGGGCAACCACAGCAAGACUUCCCACGAAGACAGCCGUCUUUCCAGACGAACCAUCCAAAGCCAGCAAUUCCAAGCCAACCACUUCCUAUACCACCUGAAUCGCACCAGCCGCAGCCGCAACCGCAACCGCAACCACAAUUACAACAAGCUCGUUCUCAGCAUGGGGCGCCGUUAGCUCUACCGGCGGAAGCUGUCCUUGUCCCGCAUACCGUUGGACAAGUGGGAUCACAUGUUUUUCCCAUUGCUAGUGGCCAAUACCAGAUUCGAGUAAUCUCAUACAUGGAAGUGUUGAUACCCAUGAUUCCUUCUCCUGCUCAGCCAUCGUCUCAGUGA